UCUUCAAAGAUGGCGGAAUUUCCGCAGCUCGGUGACCAGUGUCAAAUGGCUUCUUGUAAACAACUAGAUUUUCUGCCCUUCACAUGCAGCAGUUGUAAUGGUAUUUUUUGCAAGGAGCACAGGUCCAGAUUGGCCCAUGGAUGUCCAAAAACUGAGGAGGAAAAGUCUUUAGAGGUUGACGACACUAAGUUGCAUAAAAAUGUUGAUGAUAAACAUGUUUGCUGCUUUGAUGGAUGUAAAAACAGAGAAUUGUUUCCUGUCAGCUGUGAGCACUGCAAGUUGAAUUUCUGCCUUGGGCACAGACACCAAGUUGACCACCAAUGUACAGCAUUACCUAAGGUGCAGGUGGAACUCUCUUCUGAUGAAAGACUUAAACAAAUCACAGGGAAGGAAAUGAGUAAAGUGAAAAAAGGCCGCUCUGGGGUGAAAAAUGAAGCCAGGGCAGCUAAAGUGGCUCUAAUGAAGCUAAAAAUGAAUGCCGUUGGUGACCAAUCUAUUCCUCAAUCAGAGCGUGUUUACUUUAACAUAUAUCUUCCACAAGGACAUAAGGAGAAAACCAAGGCAAUGUAUUUUUCAAAGUGUUGGACUUUAGGUAAAGUGGUGGAUAAAAUUGCAUCAACAACUAGAUUAAAAAAUGAAAAUAAUAUCACUUCUAAGAAGAAAUUACGCUUGUUCCAUUCCCGAACAGGCGAAGUAUUUCAAACAGAUUGCUUAUUAGAAGACUUAGUCCAUGAUGAAAAUUUAUUGGUUGUCAGUGGAAGUGAUGUAAUACUAGAGUAUGUCACUAACGACUGUGGAAUGUUACCCAAUGCCCAAGAUUACAAAAGUUGACAAGAGGUAUGAAUGUCAACAUCACUGGCAAUGUUAUUCCGAUAACUCAACAAUUGAGGAUUGUAGGAGGACUAGAAUUUUUUGUGGGGGGAGGAGAUGGAAUGGAAAAGAAUGGGGUGAUGCUAUUUUUAAAUCGGGUCGUAAAUGGCAAUCUGGUAAAUCCUAAGCCUUCAUGCUAAAAGUGAAUGUCCCCUUACCUGGUGUGGGAUAUCUUUAUCAAGAAUGGUUUGUAGCAUUAGGAAUGUAAAGAGGAAAGUAAUCAGAACACUGGUCAUGUGAUUACCCAUGGCCCCUGUUCUACAAAGUGUUUAUAAGACAACCUCCAUUUUAUACUUACUAGAAAUAUUAUUUAUUGAAACCAUGUAAUUUAUUUACUCCCCGCAGUUGAACUAAAUCUAACAUGUACAGUGUUUGUUCCCUUUAUUAAGCAGACAUGUACCUUAGUGACUUUGCAUGGUGCUUAAUAGGGGUGUUGCCUGCAUAUGGGAAAAAAAGUUUGGUCAUGAUUUUACUAAAUAGUGUCCGUUUAAUAAAGGGUUACAAAGGCAUCACUGUACUGCUGACCUAGACGAACUUAGUCACGUGGUUCAUUUUGCCCCUCAAUACUUGCCAUAAAAGUCCAUAAUACCCAUA